CACAAUCUGUAUCACUUCUGACAAACCUUCAUCCAGUGUCUGCCCAUUAAUAUUUUGCCAAAAGAUUCCAAAACCUUAAAUAUAUGUGGGCACUGAAAUAGUGACCACAGGUGGGAAUUUUAUUUCACAAUGGGGAACUGUUCAUCACUCACAGGAACCUCUGGGGAGUGUCCUAAAUCUAUUAGGGUUCUUACAGAUUCUGGGGCUAUGCUAGAAUUUAAAGGCCCUAAACUAGCUGCUGAAAUCCUCACUGGUUUUCCAGGCUAUGGCAUUUUCCAACAGGGCAAGGCCUCCUUGCCAAUGUCUGACCAAGAAACCCUAAUUAGUGGCCAGUACUAUCUUCUUCCGCUGAAGCCACAGCCACUGGUUUGCGAACAUGGGGUUGCUGAGAAACCAGAGGCUGCGGAAGCUGAGCCUGUGAAGACGUCAUUUGGUGCACUACCGGAUUUCGUGGAGAAUUCGGCAAACGGGUCAUCAAAUCUUGGAGUUGAAGUCCUGGAGAAGGCUGCAGAAGCUGAGUCUGUGAAGAAGUCAUUUGGAGCAGGAUCAGAAGUUGAAGUCAUGGAGGCUGCUGAAGCUGAGCCUGUGAAGAAGUCAUUUUGUGCAGGAUCAGAUUUCGUGGAGAAUUUGGCGAAAGGGUCGUCGGCUCUUGAGGUGCUGCCGUCUGGUGGCGACGGGGUUUGGAGGGUGAAGCUGGUGAUAGACACUAAGCAACUGGAGGAGUUAUUUUCCGAAAAUGGCGACGCAGGGGCGCUGAUUGAGACGAUGAGGAUGGCUGCAAGUGAAGGAGCAGGGGCAAGCACUCCAAGGCAGACAAAGAGCCUUUGGGGAGGAGCAGGAGGUUGGAGGAAGCCCAUCUUCUCCAACUUGUUUAAGGUGCCCCCCAACUGAUCCUGGGAUAUAAAAAGCUGGGUCAUUUGAAACAUCAUGUUUCUCUGUCCCAAUGUUUUUCAGAUUUUUAAGGGCAAAUCAAAUGUUUUAGAGGGCUAAAACUUCUAAAACUUGAUUAAGGACAUCAGUUUAGUUAUUAUGUUAUAUUACCUUGUGAACUUUAUUUUUGUACAUAUGACGAAGGCAAGGGAUUUAUAAACGGUUCGACGAAUCUGUGUUUCGCU